CUCCUUUAGAUUUUAAACACUUGUUAUUUGAGAAAGGCUCAGGUGGACACAGUUGAAAGAAAUCGACAAGCCAAUCAGAUUGAACCUUCUCCCUUUGGCCAAUGAAAGCAGCCACAUUGUUGUCAAACUUGUCUAAUGAAAACGUAUAGAGCAACAAUAGAGAGGGGAAGAAAAAGAGAGCGAUUGAAGAUCUGUAUCCAGUGUCAAAAUCACCUCGAGACUUCGUUAGUGGCAAUUUCUGAAGCUUUGGGGAGGCGAGCCCGACUGAUUCGGUUUAUUACAAGCAUCUUCUAAGACCCAAAGCUCCGUACAGCAACCCGUGGACUCUAAUCUUUGCUUUUUUGGCGCAAGGGAAAGGAACAGCAAAGUGUUCUUUUAAAAGUGACGCGCUGUAUUUAUCUUACCGAACAAGUGAGUUUGUAUUUGUUUUAUUUGUUGUAUUUUUUAUUUUAUUUUUGGGUUUUUAAAAUCGUGUUUUAAAAAGUUGAAUAGGUAGGGUUCUUUUUAUCCUUAGAAUCAAACCAUAUCGAGUUAUUUCUUGGUUUACUCGACUUUCUGGAGUUGUGGAACUUUGUACAUUUAGAAGGAAAGAAAGUAGCAGGUUUAGGGUUGUGUUGUGGUGGAGAAUCAGUUUGAGAGGUAGUUUUUCAGUGCUGUUACAUAGAUUUGUAUAUAUAGAAAGGCAUUUGUUAUAAACGAGCUAAUGUAAAAGUAUUGAUCUGUCAAAUAGGGCGGUGUAAGGACGACUUGUCAUUCCGGCCUGAGCAAUUAUUGGGCAGCUAAAUGUAUCUGUGAAGUUUUAAUUAGUAAUUUGUUUUCAAUUUUUGCGCCUGAUUAAACAGAGCUUGAAAGAGAGCAAUAUUAACUUUAGAAAGAUAGUAAGGGACAUGGAACUGAGGGCAGAGAUUCCUACAUCACAACCCAGCUCCCACGUACACCCCGGCGCAGGAGACGGCGCCGCGAACUCCAUUCCCGUUUCGAUGGCCAGUACCUUCUUGAGGGGCCCCCCGCUCAUCUUACGGACGACGGAGAAGUACCCCCGGACACCCAAGUGCGCCCGCUGCAGGAACCACGGGGUGGUGUCUGCACUCAAGGGCCACAAGCGCUACUGCCGCUGGAAAGACUGCAUGUGCGCCAAGUGCACGCUGAUCGCCGAGCGGCAGCGAGUGAUGGCAGCGCAGGUAGCGCUCCGGAGACAGCAGGCGCAGGAAGAGAACGAAGCCCGAGAGCUGCAGCUUCUCUACGGGACUGCUGAAGGACUCGCCCUGGCCGCCGCCAACGGAAUCAUCCCGCCCCGGCAAAAUUAUGAAGUUUUUGGGUCUGUCUGCAAUGACGCGAACUCUGAAUCAAAACUGCAUAAAUUUGAGUUUUUUCCGAAGAACCUGAUGUCAAGGUCAGUGACCCCUCAGCAGAGCCAGGGGAAGUCAAUCUCUACGGACACCGAGUCGGUGACCGGAAGCGUCCCCGGCACCUCAUCCCCCGAAGUGCGUCAUGGAUCUGGCUCAGAGAACGGAGACGGGGAGUCUUUCAUCAGUUCUCCUGUCUCUAAAGCCGUGAAAGAUGGCGAAGACACCCCAGGCUCAAUUAGCCCACUGGGCUCCGACUCGGGCUCAGAAACGGACAAGGAUGAACAAGAGCCUUUGCCACCAUCCGCAUCGUCGAAGCAGAUGAACGCCAUAGACAUUCUAACUAGAGUUUUCCCCACUCACAAGAGAAGUGUUCUAGAACUGGUACUGCAGGGAUGCGGUAAGGACGUGGUCCAAGCAAUCGAGCAGAUCCUCAACAACAGCGGGCAGACAAAGGCGCCCGAAAAUGCUUGGACAGCAGAACGGACCCUUCAGAGUGUCCAGCCACCCUCAGCCUCGACCCCGAGGCCAGUUCUACCAGGAGCCAUGGCGCCUGCUAUAGGCACUCUGAGCAGCAGGUCAGCCUUUUCACCUCUGCAGCCCAAUGGCCCCCACUUUGGUGCAGACCCAACCGCAUACCCACUCAGCACCCACUUGGGACUUAACCCACUACGCCUGGCUUACUCUGCGCACAGCAGGGGGCUUGCCUUCAUGACACCUUAUUCAACCGCUGGGCUCAUGCCAACUUUGGGCUUUCGGCCACCCAUGGACUACGCCUUCAGUGACCUCAUAAGGGACAGGACCAACUUGCACAAGGACCAGGGUUACACCACUGGUCUUUAUGGGCCGAUGGUGAACAGUAACCCCGACAAGUCAUGAACCGCACAUUCUGAACUCCAUCCGUUUCCAAAUCUAUCAAGAAGAGGUCAUUCAAAUAUCACACAACAAGAACCCCUUUAUAUAUAAAAUAGACAUUGGAGCCCAUGUUGUGUACUUGCUUGUUUUCAUAACCUCGCCCAUGUCAAUUUCAGCGUACUGUAUGUUUUUUUUCUGUGUAUGAUUAUUGUCUUCCUCAGCAGUAGAGGACUUGAUUGAAUAAGGAAUACAUAAUUAAUUGCCAAAAAAGCCCCAACGCUGGACUUUCUGCCAGUGGCGUCUUUCCGUGAACAUUUGAUGAAAGAUCUGAAUAGUUUUAUUGAAGCUGGACCUUGGUAUUAUAUGAUAUAACAAGGUAACAUGAUCUUGCUUGGUUCUGGAUUUUACUAUUGUCUGCUCUUUCUAUUCAAGCAUAGGCUUUCAUGGCGAAAGUGCCAUACACAUCUUGAUUGUACAAGCGUGCUAAGGUGCAGUUGCUUUUUUUCUUGUUUUGUAAAAGCUGUUGUCACUAUCCUUGAUAUACAUCCAAAAUUCUGGAUUCUUUUUCUUUUGUUGGUUGAGUCUAUAAAAUAUACAGAAACACUCAAAAUAAUGAAAAUAAAAUAAAUAUUUCUAAGUUAUUAAUGUAAUAUGCAGAUGGAAUACCUAUGAGAGUAAAAUGGGUAACCUACAAUGCACCUCUCUAUAAGGUGCUACAGGUUAAACUAUUGUAAUUUAGACAAUUGUGGUGUUGUUUUUUUCUUUUAAAUGAACAUGGAAAAUAUGUAUAUACCAAGUCUAGAGAAUUAGAUUAUAUUUGUAAGUGUAAUUUGCCCGAAUUCUACAACAGCGGCACUCGGUUCCAUGUUUGGUGAAACUGCCCUUUUCGUGUGACGCAAGACUGUUUCUUUCCGAAUAAAUGUCGCCAGCUUUGUGUACAGUCACAGUAUGUGUUGCAUUUCUUAGAAAUAAAUGUUAUUUUCUACAAACAAAGUGUAUGCUUUCUAAGUGGACUUAGUUCAAAAACACAUUUUCUAAAUCAAGGGAGAAGAAAUGUCAACUGUACACUGUAUACUGAUAUAUUAAACAUGUAUUAUGCAAGAUUGACUCCACUGUUCAGUCUACUUACUCGAUGUUGCAAAGUUUCCAAUGACGGAGCUUAGCUCUGG